AUGGUGACUAUUCUAUGCAACUUUGGACAACGUUCUUAUCUUAUUCCGUUUGCCUUAUCUAAGUAUGUGAAAGGCAUUCAGAUAGAACCGACUAACAAGAAACACUCGGGCGGGUUUUGCAACUUUACAUCCCUAGGAGAGUUCCUAAAGGAAAUUCCCGAUGCAGCUGAACUACUUAAAGAUCUCCCAUUUUUAGCUUCUUGGAAGGUAUGCAUGGUUUACAACGAGUUGGUAGAUACUUUGCCUCAGUUGGAAAAAUUAGAUUUAUUUGCAUUACCUAAAAAGGAAAGAGUUUUGAUUUUUGUUUUACUACAUACGGAAAUGAUUUUUGUUAAUCUUUACAAAGCCAAGAAAUUAGGUAAUUUCCCUAAUGUUGGGGCUUUCUAUGCAUCUAUGCUUACGGAAGAGGACGAACUGUUAAAGGAACACAAUCGGGCCCGGAAGACAGAAGUUAAAGCCACCGAUCAGGCUUCCUUUGAUAUCGGACUCCCAGCUGAUUUUAAAGUUGUAACUCGUUUUCCUCCAGAGCCCAGUGGCUAUCUCCAUAUUGGCCAUGCUAAAGCUGCCCUUUUAAACCAGUACUUUGCCGAUCGAUAUGAUGGCUCUUUAAUUAUCAGAAUGGAUGAUACGAAUCCCAGUAAGGAAAAGGAGGAGUACGAGAAAUCCAUUAUGGAAGACUUGAGUUUAUUAGGUAUUACUAAGUACCGAACCACCCAUAGUAGUGAUUAUUUUGAUAUGUUGCUUUUGAAAGCCAAAGAUUUGAUUCGUAAAGGCCUGGCCUACUGUGAUAAUACUCCCGUUGAGGAAAUGCGCAGUAACCGGGAUAAAGGUAUUCCUGCUCCCCGGCGAGAUUCUAGUAUUGAAGAUAACUUACGUAUUUUUGAAGGUAUGAUAUCUUCCAAUGAGUAUGAUACUUACUGUUUACGAGCUAAAAUUAGUGUUGAUAAUCUUAACAAAGCUAUGCGUGAUCCGGUUAUUUAUCGGACUAAUUAUACUCCCCACCAUCGAACGGGAACAAAAUACAAAGUUUAUCCGACUUAUGAUUUUGCCUGUCCUAUUCUGGAUAGUAUUGAAGGUGUCACUUUAACCCUACGUACUAAUGAGUACCGCGAUCGUAAUCCGCAGUAUAUGUGGUUUAUUUCAGCCUUAGAGCUAACUAAUCGUCCGGUUAUUUGGGACUUCUCACGGCUGAACUUCAAACAUACAGUACUGAGUAAGCGGAAGUUGCGCUGGUUUGUGGAGCAUGAGAAAGUCUCUGGCUGGGAUGAUCCGCGUAUGCCGACUGUCCGGGGUAUUUUACGCAAAGGAUUGUCUAAGGAAGCUUUGAAACACUUCAUUAUCAUGCAGGGUCCUUCUAAGAAUACAGUGCUUCAGACCUGGGAUAAGCUUUGGGCUUUAAACGCCCAGGAAAUAGACCCAACGGCCAAAAGACUGCAUGGUAUUGAGAAGGAUGCAGUGCUUAAGAUAACUUUAAGUGGAGUAAACAUGCGUACAAUUGAAGCUGAAGAUCGAGAACCCCGAACUCUGCCAACGGAAAUCUUAGUGGCCAAAACGGACAUUGGCCAUCUGCAAAUCAAUUCUGAGUUUGUCUUAUUGGGGGUUGGUUCUUUUAAAAUCACGAGUACUAAUCCGUUGGUGGCAAUGGAAACCCACACUGCUCCUAAGAAUGUUAAAGUCAAAGUUACUUGGGUACCGGCCAAUUCUUAUGUUGAGGCCAAAACCGUUGAGUAUUUUGACUUGAUCACUGCUGAGAAACCCGAAGACCAAGAACCGCACGAACUCUUUAAUGAAGAGUCUAAGAAAGAAGGAACAAUCUUAUGCGAUGAACGUCUACUAACUGUGCGGCCCAAAGACUUCAUUCAAAUUGAGAAGCGUGGGUUCUUCUACUGCGAUUCAGCCAAGCCUUUUACUCUCCAUCUAGUUCCAGGCACUCGCCAGAACAAGAAGUAG